AUGGUCAAUAAUGAAAAUCUUGUACAGGGUAGAUUCCGCCUCAAUUGUAGUGUAACGCUUACAUUAGCUUUAACGCAAAUAACGUUACGUCAUGUAGUUAAAAGAAGUUUGGUGGUUGAUUUUGAGUUGAUUUAUGCCAACGAUACAUCAGCUGCUUCAACUAAGAUAACCGAGAUCAAUAUAGCUCUGCUAAGUGGACGAGAAAUCAUUAAAGUAUUAAAUAAAACUGUUUCAGCAACGUCCUUGAAACUAAAUGAUGUAUCAGUAACAAACACUUCAUUAUCAGAUGAUAAAUAUAUAUGUAAAAUGUUUGAAGCCCUUAGUAGAAUGUGCCCAUCAAAUCAACAUUGUUCUGUAGUGGACAGACAAUCAUCUUGUGUGUUUAAUGAAGCAGAUGAAAGCACUGACUUGAUGCUUGUGAUUGUUGUUUGUGCAAUAGCUGCCCCAAUCAUCAUUUUACUUGUUAUCUGCCUGACAAUACGUAAGUUACGGAACAGUAACAAGUUGAAGCAUUAUAACGGCAUAGAUAAAAGUCGCCCAGGAUAUAAGUGGUCAGGUCACAAUUUCAUGGGUUCCUAUGGAAACCGUCUGAGUGGCCGAUAUUUCAAACCUGACAGUUAUUUCCCAGAACAUGACUACUACUGAAGUGGAUCAAGUACAUAUGCUUGUUAUGUUUGGAUAUAUUUAACAUAUGACAAUCUUACCCCAUCUGCAAUAUUUUACAUUACUGGUUUCUUACAUUCCAAUGUAUUUAUAUUUCGAAGAAACUUGUGUGCUGUUAAAAGUGAAAUCAACAUAAAAGGCACAUUAUACCUCAGAAAUAAACACAUGUUUCCUUUU